AUGUCUUGGGAAGGCGUCGACGAUACUUCUUACGUCUCGCCAGGAGUACCAAAGAGACAUGUGCAAUGGUGAGGGAGCUGCAAAGUUUUGCUAGAGAACAUUUGUGUUUAGGUAUUUGCUGGAAGAUGUGGACAGUCGGGCAAAAUGGUUCACAGUUAGUCUGUUAGUGGUUUCGAUUGCAAUGCUGAUAGCUGGAAGUGUGAUGCUCGGCAUCGGAAUCUCGAAGAACAAUAACAGUCCGAAUCCAGGUAAUUCCUAUAUUAUGAUAAACCCAUAGUUGUAACGGGCCGGGCCGAGUCAAAAUCGUACACCUUCGUCGGCCUGGCCUGGCGCUCGUUUAUUUUCGGCUGACCAUAUUUGGAAAAGAGUCCUAGACAAAAAUGUUCCAGAAAAACCAAAUUCUGGAUUAAAAUCUUCAAAUAUGACUUCUUGUAUUUUUUCGAACCGUUUCCCUACAAUUUGUCAUAGCCGUGCCCCCCCCCCCCCGGGCCGGUUUGUUGGCUCGGAUUUUGCCAACUAUGCUUGAAACUACUAUUUUUCAGUGAAUUCUCAAGUGGCCGGGUACACCAUGUUCGUGACGGUCCAAACGAGAUCCCUUCCGUACUCGUCUGUAGUGCAAGACUACACUGGAAGUGUGCAAAAUCUUACGGAUCAGGUCGGUCGUUUCUUCAGUUGUUUUAUCGCAGUUAGGUGACACAUCUUAUCACGCAAUUCCAAACACCAAAAAACUUACUUUCGUAGCGGAAGUUUCGCUGUGUCUUUUGCACGAUUAAAAUGGUGUCGAUUUCAGAUGAGACAAACAAUAACUCAAAGUGCCAGUGCAAGUGUUCACUUUGAUUCUCAGCCAGAUAUUCCUAUCGCAAUGUAAGCGUAAAUCCAUAUAUUAAGUUCACUGUACAUCUUUAAGUCUUGGAAUUUCGAAUGCUGGCCAAUGGGCGGAUGUUAUGUACGCAUUGUCCUAUUCGGACUCAAACAAACCAACCUUGAGUGAUGUUCAGCAAAAAGUGGCGAAUUCAACUAGUUUUGUGCUUGUCUCAGCAACAGGUUUGACUGAUUUUAAUGUAUGUCUUGUUUUAACAAAUAUUUUUCAGACAAAACCUCGACCACCCUCAAUCAGAUGAUUUGUUCUGUCGUUUCUGACUCAACUCUCACAACAACUACCUCUGCUCGCACUUCCAAUCCAAUCACUGCCCCAGGACAAACUACAGUCACUUCUAAUCCUAAUUCACCGGCGACUACUGUAACAGUUCCUGUCGUCACAGCAAGCACAAGCUCCGUAAGACCAAUUACGACUGGAACUGGAAGCCCUGUCCCACCGGUUUCUGUCGCAACCACAGUGACUCCACCAGUGACCGAGCCGGUUCGCACGACUACUACUCCAUUUGUGAAGACUCCGUACAGUAAGGAUGUCAUCAUUUUGCUCGAUGACUCCACAGCAAUGAUAAAUUCAAAAAAUUUCAAUACGGUGCGAGAGCAUGCGUCAGUUUAUGAAAUAAAUGAUUUUCAGGUGAAGUCUUGGCUCGUGAACACCCUUUUACCUCUCUGGCUCAUCGACAGAGAAGACGUUCAAGUGGCAUUUGCUACUUACGCCGACGUGAGUUCAUUUCAUCUCAUUAUCCUAAAUUUGAUAGCAUGUUUAGAAAGAAUUCAACACUCUUCUCGCAUUCGACGAGGUUGAUGAGAAAGAAGUCACCGACGUCAUCUCUGCUCAAGUUUACUCUGGAAAAUACAACUCGAGCAUUACAAAGUAUGAUUCACCCGAAUGAAAACUGUUUAUUUUACUAAUUUCAGUGGAAUUCGUGCUGCCGGAGACAUUCACGGUCUUCGCCCGGUCAAUCAAACCGUCAUUUUCAUUUCUGCUUCCGAGUAAGAUUUCUCUGUUUCAUUGACGUCCCUAACACUAUUUUAGGGAUCUCACCGAUAUCGAGACGGCCACUCAAUACGCCUACAUCAUAAACACUCUUCCGAAACAGUUGAUAACGGUCACGUUGAACUCGACGACCGGGGGAAAACAGUUAGGACUUCUCUCCACUAAUCAAAAUAAUUUCUUCGGUGUCGGCGAUUUCAAUUUGACAACUGACAUUGCUCAACAGCUCACUCAGUACAUGUUCGGAACACUAACGCCCACAACUGCUAGACCAAUGUGAGAAAGUUAAAAAUAUUCCAUGUCAGCUUGAGGAAACAUUCAGAACUACUGCUGUUCCGGAUAACGCAUGCAAAACAGACGUCACGAUUCUGUUGGACAACAACAAUGACGUAGGCGGUGCCGAUGAAUUCCAGAAUGUUUGUCUCUAAAUACCUAUUCUCUAAGAAAAAUUAUUCCUAUUUCAGCAACUCCGAACAAUUUCAAAGCUGAUCAAGACAUGGCCCAUUUCACCCGAACUCAUGGAAGGGGAGGCUGUCGUUUUUGCUACUGUAGGUUGAAAACAUUUGCUCCAAUAUUUCAAAUCACAUACCUAUUUCCAGACUGAAGGUGGUCAGAUUGUGGAGAAUCCAUUCGGCUAUCAGACCGCUUCAGCGUUUGCCAACGAAGUGAUGGCCUACGAUGCCUUCUACUUCGCGAAUUCGCCACCAAGCCUUUCCGCUUCUCUUCAAUAUUUGUCUCAAAACUUGGAUAAUAGACGGAAGGCAAGAUCGCAGACAACUCUCAUCGUCACUUAUUCCAGGUUUGCUCAUUUCAUUUUGCACGUGACACUCAGUUUUUAGUGAAAACACUGAUGUUCAAAGCGCAGUUCAAUUUGUGGACCAAAUUGGAGGAAAUUUGAUUGUGGUGGCCAUCGGAAGCGCCGACCAGACUAUUCUGAAGCAGCUCUCCGGAAAUGUGGUGUACGCCAAGAAUAUGACCACGGACAUCAUCGAUCAAGUAUGAAGGCAAAGUACAUAGAACUGUAAAAGAGUAGCAAAAGUUUCAGGUUAACAGUCUGAUCUGUUCCCCAACUACCAGAGCGCCAGUGGUCACACCUACUACCGGCGGCGCGACAUCUGUUCCGGUUGUGACUUUUACAUCAACAGUCGUGACAUCCGUUUCUGUAGAUACCAGCCAGACACCGGCUUCUCCCUCACCAAGUUUCUGCUUCUUAAGAACAUUCGAAGAAAACGUGAUUUUUUCAGCAACUCCGAUCCCAGAUCCAUGUCCUGAUUGCAACCCAAAAACUGCAAACAUUUUACUUUUGUUGGAAGCUUUCGGAGAUCCGCUCGAAAACCAAAAGAAACUGGCUCAAAAUGACCUCAUAUCCGGCUGGACUCACUUUGAAAGAACAUCGGUUAUGGGAUUCGAUACAUUGGCCAAGAACUUGGAUCCAAUCAAGUAAAGUGCUAUUCUUCAAAUAAAGGAACAGGUCUCAUUACCAUUUUUCAGUUUCGGAGACCUGCAGGACGAAGCCGAGUUUGCCGGAAUUGUUCAGAGUCUCACUGCUUUCAAGGAUCAACCAACUAUCGUGUCGUCAGUUGAAAUAAACGUUUUAAAGCAUAAUCGGCAGUUUUUCAGCGCUUUCAACCUUGCUGUCACUCGUGCACAACCUUUGAAAACGUUCGGAAAGAUGCAUUCCGUCAUUUUCACAAGCGGGGCGUGAGUUUUCCGGUCUCCCAACUAUUUCGCAAUACUAUUCCAUUAUUCAGAACUACUGCCGAAGUUACUGCGUCACUUGCCAAGUCGAAUACGUUGAAGGCUAACGGAAAAGUGCGAAUUCAACAGGUUUACUUCAGUUGUAUUUUCUCAUUUUCAGGUCAUAAUCGUUGGCAUGAAAUUGGCUGCGACCAAUGGACUUGACACUCUUGCUGAUGUUCUUCUCAAUUGGGAUGAUCUCUCCAACCUGUCUACCAUUAGCUCUCAAAUUAACCAGGCACUCAAUAGUUGA